UAGAGGAGGGUUUUGCAUACAGAAUUAAUUUCAGCCGGAGUGAGAGCUAGGAAAAUGAGUGAAAGAAGGAGCAUGGAGUGCUAUGUCAGACGACGGCACAGUAGUUUGAGCGAGGAAGACCGAUUGAGUUCACUUCCAGAUGCUCUCCUCAUCGACAUUCUCUCUCACCUCCAAAUUGACUGUGCCGUUGCCACCUCCGUCUUAUCCCGCCGGUGGCGCCACCUUUGGACUGGUGUUACCAAUUUCAAAUUCGACUGUAACGAUUGCAGAGUAACCUCAGACAAAUUUUCUUCCGUCGUCGUCGACCUCUUACGACAGUUGACCUCUCCGAAACUCCGCGUCUUCAAACUUGAGUUGAACUGGCUGGCCAAUUUAUUUAACCCUGGUGUAGCAGAAUCAUGCUUCCGUGAAGUUUGCCGCCGAAAUGUGGAUCAGAUCAUUGUCGAUCCCAAAGAGAUUAAUUUGUUGGAUCGACUCCCCAUUCCGGCAUGUCUGUUUAAUUCAAAAUCACUGGUCAUUUUGAAUUUAAGGAAUGUGCUUGAGAUUGAUUUUCCAGAAAAUGUAGCUAUUCAACUUCCUAAUUUGAAGAGUCUUACUUUAGACCAUCUUGUGUAUGUCCCUCAUUGUUUGGAAAGUCUAUUUAGGUCUUGCCCGCGGUUGGAAGAUGCAGAUUUGACGUUUCUGUCAGCUGGAACCCAGAUUAUUCUGAAUAUACCGGCCCUCAAUUUAAGGUCGUUGAGAUUAGGUAUGUGUCAUAUGUCCUCCUGUGAGAUCUUCGAAAACCAACCACCACCCAAAAUCUUCAUCGAUGCACCAAAAUUGGCAAACCUUUGUAUAUUUGAUUACACUUCAUAUUAUUACUUUAUCCAGAAUCCCACUAAAUUAGUCAAAGCAUCUAUUUACUUGACCAGGGAUGAGGCAUAUGAACCGGCUGAAGAAGAUUAUCUACACCAGUUGUCCAAGUUUGUUAGAGGAAUGUCCAGUGUUAUCAAGCUUGACCUAAUCGCAUAUGGAAACACCAAUUUAUAUCCUUACCUUAAUUCUUUAAAUCUUGGGACUAAGUUAAUCUUUCCUAAUCUAGGCCGUCUUAUAACUGAAUUGGAAUAUAUUGGCUGGAAUGAUUUGCUACUUUCUAUGCAAUGCUUUCCCAACUUAAAGCAUCUAAAGGUGAACCUAAGUAUGAGGGAUGGUCUUCCAAUGGAUCACAUGAAUUGGUGUGUGCCAGAUUGUUUGGUAAAUAAGCUUAAGACAAUAGAAAUAAGCAAACUAUAUGAAACUGAUGAUGACCUCAAGUUGCUAGGCUACAUUCUAAGCAAUGCAGUUGUUUUGGCAAAGCUUCAUGUAUAUGUUACUAGCAAGAAGGAAUCUAAAGAAGUCCGACUAUGGAAGGUGUGUAAUUUCUGUAAGUCUUUGUUCAAGCUUCCAAGGGCAUCUUCAACUUGUGAGAUUGUGUUCUGUACGCGUGGGUUGAUGAGAGCAUCAAGUAAUGCCUACACAAAAGAUGGACAAUUUACAUGUGACAUCUAUGGCCUUGGUUGACAUUCAAGCCUAUGGGUGACAGGUAUUAGCUUCUUAUUUCCUUUUGAUGUAUGAUGUGUUCAUGUAGUUCGGUUUAUGCUUAAAAUCACUUCUCCAAAGCCUCACUGAGUAUCAGCAACUAGUGCCUUUCUAUGUAUUCAUCCUUUUCGUUACUUUUAUAGUUUUAUGUGAUAACUUCUACUAGUAUAAUGAUCAUUGUAAAUUCUAGUUCCGUUCUUCUCUUUAUGAUUCAAAUGUAAUGUUCUAUAAUUGACAGUUUUUGAAUGCUAAAGAAUAUGAACAACAAAUUAAUGUUUU